AUGAUCAGCAUUAAUUUCUACUGGAAGGAUGCCCCAACAAGUCGCAUCGUCCACCUGAUCCAAGUCUCCUUGCAGUUCCUCGCAGCUAUCAUUGUCAUUGGCAUCAAUGCCUCAGAUAUCGCAAAUGGUCCCACAAAUACCGGCAUCUCAGUUUUUGCCAUUGUUAUCGCCACAUUAUCAACAGUGACAGCCGUCCUGUCUGCGCUGGACAUUUUCUACCCGAUUCCAAGUCGUCUGUGGCUGCUCUGGAAUUUGUUCUGGCAAUGGGUUUUGGCGUUCGCUUGGGUUGGGGUGGUUGCCGCCUUUGGGAGGCGAUAUUUUCAGAAUCACACUACCCGCUUCCACGUUGCUGCUGGGUUCAAUGUUGCGAACCUGGUCCUUUGGCUGCUGGGGUCUGUGUACGGUACCAUGUUGAUGUGUUUCAGGAGGAAACUGGGUGGCAAGAUGCCUCCAGACGACGUUGAGCUGAGAUGA